AGCGGCACCCGUUCAUUAUACGAUUGUUGGCAUCGAGUACCAGAAGCAAAUAACGAGAGCGCUCGGCAGAAACGAGAAGACGUGUGAAGAAAAAGAAGACCAGGAAAAAAAGAGGAAUAAAAAGGUGACUUUUUUUUGCAAGUUGGAGAAAAAAUCGGCAGCAGCAGCCUGCAGGAGAGGACAAAUUAAAACGCGUGACGCAGCGACACCUUCCCCCGGGGACGAUUAUCCAGAUCCAAAAUUGGUGGCAACCACAAGCGCAGCGCAGGUCGCGGAUCCCCCUCCCCGGCCGCCCAGUUUUGGUGCGUGUGGCCGCCUUCCGGCCAAAAACCACAAGUUUCCUACAACUCGCAAAGCUCUCCGCCGCGGAUGAGUGCAAGCAGCAGCAAACUGUGAUCCUCUGAACAAAUCCCAGAAGCGUUCUGUCGAAUCGAGUAAAACACAAGAAAAAAAAAAUUACAGACUUUAGCCCCUUUUUCUCGACGGUUUUGUGUCGCAGAAGGAGUUUGGCGACGGUUCGACGGACGGUCCGCGCUGUGUGUGAGUCAGCUGUUUUUCUCUCGCGCAACACACAUACACACGCUCACGUUUCAAUUGUACAGAAAAAAAGAAGAAGAAGACUUAUUAAGCGUAAUUACUCAAAGUGCAUGGUGUUGAAAAAAGGGAAGAGAAAAAAAAGUUUUUACAAGUGAUAGCAAAAGACACACAGUGAAACACACAAAGGCGAAAAGAAAAAAAGAAUUUGGUGGGAGGUGAAGAGAGCAAGACUUUUUUAAUUUAUUAUUUAUAUAUUAGCUGUAAAAUACCACAAGUAAAAAUCAAGUUGAAAGUGUGCGCGUCAUUGUGUGCGAGUCAGUUGCGAGCGCGCGGUGGAAUUGGAACGUUAAACAAAUGCUACCGAGAUAACACACACACACAGAGAAGUCUACGAAGAAGCGUAAAACAAGCAAAAAACAAACUCUUAAAAGUAGUGUGAAUAAAUCAAACUUAAGUGUAAGCUACAUUAAACCAUAAGGAGUAAUUUUAAAACGCAAAGCUGAAACACACGAGAGAGAUCGAGCGAAGGAAGAACCAACCAAGUUGUUUUUAUACUAUCAAGAAAAAGAAGAUUCAGUGAAUUUGUAGCCUAAGUGUAAAACAAAACAAAAAACGUAGAAGCAAACUACCAGUAGAGGAUAAGCCAAGCUCUAAAACGCACUCUACUACAAUCACCAUGAUGACUGAAACGCUGAAUUCGAACAACCACCUCGGCCAGAAGGGCGAGAAAGUGGACGACAUGGGAUGGAAAGCCAAACUCAAACUACCGCCCAAAGAUACUAGGAUUAAGACUAGUGAUGUAACGGAUACUCGAGGCAACGAGUUUGAGGAGUUUUGCCUGAAGCGCGAGCUGCUGAUGGGCAUCUUCGAGAAGGGAUGGGAGAAGCCCUCACCGAUCCAGGAGGCGGCCAUCCCGAUCGCACUAGUGGGUAAGGACAUUUUGGCGCGGGCCAAGAACGGUACCGGCAAGACGGGCGCGUACAGCAUCCCUGUACUAGAGCAGAUCGAUCCGACCAAGGAUUACAUCCAGGCGCUGAUCAUCGUGCCGACGCGCGAGCUGGCACUGCAAACGUCACAGAUUUGCAUCGAACUCGCGAAGCACAUGCAUAUCCGGGUGAUGGUGACCACCGGUGGUACCAACCUCAAGGAUGAUAUUAUGAGAAUAUAUCAGAAAGUUCAAGUGAUCAUCGCCACGCCCGGCCGUAUACUGGACCUGAUGGACAAGGAGGUGGCGAAUAUGGCCAACUGCCGUAUGUUAGUAUUAGACGAAGCGGACAAGCUGCUGUCGCAAGACUUCAAGGGCAUGCUGGAUCAUGUCAUUAUGAAAUUGCCAAAAGAGCGCCAGAUUUUGCUGUUCUCGGCGACAUUCCCACUGAGCGUGAAGAACUUCAUGGAGAAGCACCUGCGCGAGCCAUACGAGAUCAACCUGAUGGAGGAGCUCACCCUCAAGGGUGUCACCCAGUACUACGCGUUCGUGCAGGAGCGGCAGAAGGUGCACUGCCUCAACACGCUCUUCUCCAAGCUCCAGAUCAACCAGUCGAUCAUCUUCUGCAAUUCGACACAGCGUGUCGAACUGCUGGCGAAAAAGAUCACCGAGCUCGGCUACUGCUGCUACUACAUCCACGCCAAGAUGCAGCAGGCGCACCGGAACCGCGUGUUCCACGACUUCCGGUCCGGGCUGUGCCGGAACCUCGUCUGCUCCGAUCUCUUCACGCGCGGUAUCGACGUGCAGGCUGUGAACGUUGUGAUUAACUUUGAUUUCCCCAAGAUGGCGGAGACCUAUCUGCACAGAAUCGGCAGAUCCGGCCGUUUCGGACACCUCGGUAUCGCCAUCAACCUAAUCACCUACGAAGAUCGGUUCGAUCUUCACCGCAUCGAGAAGGAGCUCGGCACCGAGAUCAAGCCCAUCCCCAAGGUGAUCGAUCCGGCCCUGUACGUGCCCCGGCCGGAUGACCCGAACAGCACACAGGAGGAGCAAAACAUUAGCAAAUAAGUCUACCAACUCCCCUCGCCCCGAACUUCUCCAUACAAUUACAUAAACAACAACAGCAACAACAACACACAUCCCUAGAAUAAACAGCAGUGCGCGCGCAGAACGAGAGUGCCGCCCCACGGAUCCUCCGCAACAGCAGCAACAUCAAGAACAACAGGAACACGAACAAGAAACGUCCAGCCGCGGCUGCCCCGAAGAUUUUUUAACCCUCGACCAGAGGAGGAGCGCGCGUCGACGCGCGCGCCGAACAAACGCAGCAAGAGAGACACAGAGUCGUUUUCGGACCGGGGCAGAUCGCUGUGGGGUCACGGCGGUUCCGUGCGCGCGCUGUAAUACACACACACAGUUACACAAGGAUUUAAUUACUAGCGAGAGAGAGAGAGAAAUGGAGUCUUCAAAUUAUUACAGAGAAAUUUUGUUCAAGGAAGCAAGGGUGAAACCAACUUUUUAAAGAUCGUUCUAUGAGAAAGAGAGAAGCAGCCUCAGCGGCAGUUAUCGAUGAAUUUGAGCAACCGGAAGAACCCUUGAACAAGCUGCGCGUGCGCGCGCGACGAGUGAGUGCGGAAGACCAGUGCGUGGAGAUCGAGUGCACGAGGAGAUUUAGGAAUGAACGUCGAUCGCGUGGAUGGGAAGCAGAACAGAAGAGGAAAUCAUCGCGUUGUGUGCGCGCGAGCAAGGACUAGAAUAACACAACAUCAACACACGUAACUUUUUUAUCUGAUUAAGGAGAAGCAACAAGGUAGGAUCGCUGAGGAAUAUGCGCGCGCGCGUCCUCGGGAAGGGCGAACCCUAAAGAGACGGUUCUUGUAAAUAGACACACACACACACUUUUUUCGUGGGAAAAAUUGAGGUGAAAUCAAAGAGGUCCUUUGCAGAAUAAUAACAACACUAAGAAAAGGCAAACAGGUUCGUCCAAAGUGGCGCGCGUGCGCGAAGCGAAAAACUGCAGGACUUUAUUAGUUAUUUAGUGGAACAACAACCAAAACACACACACCUUCUGCAUUCAUCUGCACCGCCGCGGAAACUCGGAGCGAGUAGUAGUACUGGGAACACUGCAAAUAUAAACACAGAGAGAGAGAGAGAUAGAUUUUUUCUACGCGGCCAGAAAGCGCGCAACGCCAGCAACAAAACGGUGGGAAUGAGGUUUUUUUACAGCAAACGAAAUAAAGGAAACUUGAAAGUUUACACUCUAGAGAAGAGGAGAAAUGUUUUAGAACAAACAAACAAAAACACGAAAGAGAGCAAGACUUGCGCGCGCAAUGUCCCCGGAUUGACUCUCGCUUGUGGUUUCCAAGCAUCGUCGUCCAACUCACGGUACUAGAUGUUUCAGACUUUGUUUUUCCAUCAAUUGUGUUAGUUUUCCGUUCUCACUAAAAUUGUUAGCAAUGUUUUCAUUGAGCGUUUGCCAACACUAAAUUUAGUUUUGGUUCUACUCAGAGUAAAAGAGAUGAAAGCUGGGCGCUCGAUCGGGAAGAAUCGCAAAGGUCAGAACUCAACAUCUGGUCAAUUCGUGAAAUUUUAGGGCGAUUUGACCGAUCGGCGCAAGUUUCGUCUAUUCCACACACACUUCUUUAGUCCAGAGUCUAAUUUGGUUAAUUUUGUUCAAUGGUAGCGUGUUGGCCGAAUGAUUCGAUCCUGUUUCAUGCGAGCAAAUCAAGCGCACUUCAGCUUGGCUGAAGCAUUUAACACUUCAAAUGCGCGUGUCGCGCCGGAAAUAGGAACAAAUCUUUCGCCCAAAACAGCACACAUAAUUUCGUCUAGCCUAAUAAAGAAGAAGAUAAAUUGUUCACGCAAAAGUGCGCUGCUGCAAAGGGGAUCGCGUUGUUCGCGUUACUUUUAUAAUUUGGGGUUUUGGGAAAUUUAAACGAUUUCUUUGACGGAACAGGUAAACUUUGCAGUAUCGCGUUUUUCUAGGACAAUUCUUAGCGCGAAGAAUGGAGAGAAGGGCGGUGACUCUUCGUUUAAGAAGAGGAGAGAGCGCUCUUGAAAGAACACAAAACGAACGCAAAACGCAAUCAACUAGUUCGUUUUGUCGCCGUUGGCGACAUUCCGUUGAUAAAAUCUGAGAUUUUUGAACUCUGAUCACCCUAAUUUGAAUGGAAGUCCAUUUUCGAUCUUUUGAGAAAUGCCAACUUUUGAGUUGAUUCAGAAUUUCUGGUUGAAGGUCAAAGGUAGAUUUCCUUCAGCGUAACAAAACAAAUCUUUCCGAGGGUGAAAAGUGAUAAAAUCGCAGAUUUGUCGAUUAGUAAAAUUAGUUUGCCUCAAGAAAGGCAGAGCAGGAGAGAAGCAGGUCUAAGCGUCUUGGGCGGAUUUUAAACGGCGCUGCCAACAGGGAAACAAGUUGUUCAAAUUUGUGUAACUCGUCACACAUACACGCACGCAACAUCCCGCCAAAUGACGAACCUCAGAAUCUCCGGUACGCAAAUUUGAACCGGCAGCCCGUUGGGUUUCCCCCUAAGACGCGCAUUAGACGAGUCCAAAAAAACAACAUCCAGCAGAAGAAGACAAAAAUUGGACACAAAACAACAACCAAACAUGUGAAUUCAGGCAUAAAAAACGAAUUGUGAUCUCUAUCAAUAACUGAAACAAACAAAAAAGAAGAAGAAGAUAAACUAACGCCGAGGAGAGUUGAUUUGUUAAACUUUCCUCCUCCGAUUUUGUUUUGUUGCGCAGUCGCGCACACCCCUUCCAGUCUCUGUUAGUUUCCGUCUAUUUUUUCUUAUAAGUGCAAUCUCUAGUUUUGUAUCUUCAGUAUUUUGGACAGACACGACACUGACUGCCACACACGGUUCGUACUAAAACAAAAAGAGUAAAAGAGUUUUUAUUGCAUUAGUGUCGUACAAGAGUCGGCAGGCUAGCAUUUGUCUCGUACAUUUUAUUGGUUCUGAAAGUCAUUCUUUUUAACUUUACUACACUAACAGAGGAAGUGAGACAGAGAGAGAGAGAGAAAACAAUUACUUCAGAGUACCUGUUAUUUACACGAAAAACAAAAUCAAGCCGUUAGAAAAUACCAACUAAUAAAAACGGCAAUUUAGUAAAAACAACAGAAAUCAAGGGUCGUAGCACAACACCUUAAAGCGUGCCCUGAAAACUGUCAACCACGCGGAGAUUCGCCACAAAUCAAAGCCAAGUUUAAUCCUUCCAAAUGACGUAAAUCGUCGCGUAACCGCGCGUUCCAAGCAGUAGAAUUUCAAAUUCCCCCCUUUAAAGAAAAAACGUUUGGUCCCGCGUGACCAACACCAUAGAGUUAACAAUGCAGUGGAAUCAAUCAGUCCAAACCAACAACAACAACUCUUCAAACGAAUACCCCCCUCAUUCUUGUCAUUUUGCCCCGGGAUAGCAGUUUUGAUUGGCUUUGAUUUGUGUGAGAAAAAAUAAAACAACAUCAACAAAAAAAAAAAGAUCGUUUUGACAAAACUAGUUCUAAAUCUAUUUCUUAUAAUUUCAAGUAGAAAAGUAAGGGAAACAAAUUAACAUGGAAGAAGAAAAAACCGGAAGAAAAACUAGUGAUGUGAGAAAUACGCGAAAUUACCGUACCUGAUAUUUGUUAUUGUGAGGAAUAUGUUUAGAAAAGAUUUUAGAGCAACGCAAAAAAAAACAACAAAAAAAAAUAAAACUGCUAUCAAACCAA